CGAUCUGGGCUAACCACUCACAACUUAAACGACGUCGUUUACCGUUGGAAUACACAUCCCGCCACAUUGAUCUCUCUCACUCACUGACGGCAACCAUAGAAGAAAAACAAACCCUAGUUUUCAUUUUCAAGGUUCCUCCCACCACCACCACCACCCACAUGUUGUAAGUCUUGUUGAUCUCUUUGUCCGAAAAAAAAAAGAUGGAAGAUAUGUUCAACCGUCUGCCAAACCCUCUGAUAUCUCACAUACUCUCUUUCCUCCCGACAAAGGAAGCAGCUUCCACAUCGGUUCUCUCCAAAAGGUGGCGUCUUUUGUUCGCCUCCGUGACAAAUCUUGAUUUCGAAGGCGAUGAAGAGAGUCCAAGCUUUGUUGAGUUUGUGGAUAGAGUGUUGGCUUUGGGAGGGAAUGAUUCAAUAAACAGAUUCUCUCUCAUCUUUACUGAUUAUCCUGAUCCAGAUACCGUCACUCCCUGGAUACUGAAUGUGCUGAGACGCGGUGUUUCGGAGCUUGAGCUAAGCGUCUCUGACUACCCUUUGCCUCUGGAGAUCUUUUUUAGCAAGAGGCUGGCGAAGUUGAAGCUAGGAGGGGGAGAUGGUCUCAGUUUCAGCGCUGAUGUUAAGAAGGUGUCUCUUCCGAAGCUUAAGACACUUGAGAUUGAAUCUGUUGUGUUUGAAGAAGAUGGUGUUGGGUUUGUGAAGCUUCUCUCCGGCUGUCCUGUCCUUGAGGAGUUGGUUCUGGUGAAUAUUGGGUGGGAGCAUUGGAAGUCUUGCUCUGUGUCUGCUAAAAGCCUCAGGAAGCUGAAGUUUUUCUGUGAGGAUAAUGAUGAGAAUCCGAAGAGCGUCUCUUUUGAUACUCCGAACCUUGAAUACUUGGAGUAUUCUGACAAUAUUGCGAAGAAGUAUCCUAAAGUUAAGUUCAGGUCCCUUGUUGAAGCUCAUAUCAGCCUUAGACUCACUGAAGAUCAGAGUGCAGAUGCAGGCUCUUCAGAAGAAGAUGAAUAUUUAUUUGAAAGUGAUGAUGAUGAGGAGAAAGAGAUGGUUGGUAAUGCGACGAACUUUUUCAAGGGGAUAUGCAAUGUUCAGAUCCUCUAUCUAUCUGCCAAAACACUUGAGGUACUUGCUUUCUGCUGUGAAGCAACACCUGUGUUUAACAACCUGAUUCAGUUAACGGUUGAGAGUGAUGAAGAAAUUGGAUGGGAUUCAUUGCCAGGUCUGCUAAAAAACUGUCCAAACCUAGAGACACUUGUUUUCAAGGGUCUUGUCCACAAAAGUACUAAAGGAUGUGGGAACAUGUGUGCUUGUAAACCUCUGAAGAAUCCUUCUUGCCUUUCCUCUUCUGCUGUCAAGGUGCUAAAGAUCAUUCUGUCUACACACAUUGAUGAUGAUGGAAUGGAAGAAGAGCAGAUAAAGCAUUUCUUGGAGAAAAUGCCGCGGCUUGAACAGUUGGUAGUUUACUUCAACGAAUCAUAUGAGCCUUCCGUGUUUGAGUUAUCCAAGAAGCUUCAGAGUGUUUCUACAAUAGCUUCACCAAAGUGCAAUCUCCAAGUGAUCUCACAGAAUCUUAGCUUGUCCUCUACUUUGCCUUGUAGCUUGGCGAAGAAAUGGUCUGCUCCUCCAAAUGAAGAGUAUACCUGGUUUCUCAAGGCUGUGACCUAAACUCAAAGCAACCGAGGUUUCCUUUUGCUUAUUGUCUUUUGAACUCUGCUCAGUAUCUUGGUUUAUUGACUGUUUUGUUAUGCUUUUGUUGUACUUUUUGAAAUUGAGGAAACUAAGUUAUGUUGAAUCACAAAUGUUUUUCUGAAUUCAUAUUUGAUAGCUAACUCGCA